GUAGUCACAUGAACAAUUGUAAAAACAGUGAAACUUGAUGAAAAGAACAGCCCUUUAGUUGCUGCCUUGCAAAGAUGGCAACCCCAUUCCAUGACAAUUCAGCACUGGUAGAAGAAGAGCUACCAAGGAAGCAGCUAAGAGUUGCAGCUGUACAAGGAAUGCUGCAAUCAAACACACAGCACACGUCAACCAUUGAUAUGUCAAGACUUCAAUCGUUUAAUGAAGCAGUGGAAACAGCAAUUGCUGAUGUCAAUACACUGAGAGAGAGGAGCUUGACUUUACUUUAUGAAAGAUUCUCGUCGCUCGAUAAAACAGCAAUCAUACACAAAGAAGAUUUCCAGGGAGAUGGAGAUCAAAUUUGUAAAAAGCUACUAUAUAGAAUGAAAGAGUUUAACAAAAACUACAAAGACAAGAACUUGGAUAAGCAUCUUCGGUUAGGUCUUAGUAAAGUGAAGAGUCCAACAAUAACCAUUGGAGUUCUGGGGAGGAUAAAAUGUGGAAAAAGCACUUUAUUAAAUGCACUGACAUACUCAGAGUUUUUCCCUACUGACCAAUGCAAUCCAGAGACAUCAGUUAUAGUUAGCAUAAGACACAGUAGUUCAAUGCACAGUGGACUCUGUGAUACUGACCCUCAACAUGGGAAAGGAUUGAAUUGUCCUCAACUGCAGAAUGAAUUGGGAGUAGUCAUUGCAACACGUUCCUUUGAUAUACAAGAGAAACUAGCUGAAAUCAACACAAAAGCAAGACACACAAAAGCUGCUCAACAGUAUUACACUAUAGUGACUAACAUCCCAGCAUUAUCAAAUGAGAAAUCAGCUAUUAAUCUGGUACUGCAAGACACUCCUGGUCUUGGAGAGGCAGUUGGCUCUAAAGCUACCAACAAUAUUGCUGAUCUGGCAGAAACAGCUCUCCUGAACUGCUCUGCUUACAUCUACAUACUGGACUGCAAUAAACUAAGAGAUCUAUUGGAUGUAGAGGCACUUGAACUAUUACAGAAUAAAGACACUGAGGUAUAUAAGGAUGGACGACUCAUUACUGUUGCUAAUCUUCUUGAUCGUGCUAUAGAGCGAGCUCCGGGUAGCAGAUCAGGCCGAAAGAUAACCAGCCUGACACAAAUACAAAACAACGUGAGGCACAUGAUGAAGAACGAUAUCAAGAUAGUCAUACCAGAGAGUCUCGUCAUACCAGCUGUAGCUCUGUGGGCAUCUUGCUCUAGAUUGAUACCUCUUGAUGAUCUUGAUGGAAUGGAGGACCUUCACUCGUGGAGGAAGAAAUUUGAAAGAACAUUGGACAUUAGAAGAGACAGAAAAGUGAAUUCAAAAGAUUUCAUUGAAAAGGCUAGUGGGAUACAAACAAUUGAGGAAUGGCUAAGAAUGGUAGCUCAGUUCAGUGAGCCAGUACUGCAGAAGAGCAAAUAUUCAGAUGCACUUCACUGCUCUAAAGUAUGCAUCAACACCUCUGAUCUCUAUCAACAAGAGCUGAAAAGAAAAGCUGAUGAACUGGUAUGUGAAAUGGAAGUACAGCAGGCAAUGUGGAAUGAAGCAGUGAAACUGUUUAAUGACAUUGAAACACAGUUGCUAUUAUUCAGAUCAAUAUUGGAGGCAGCCUAUGAUCAAGACACAAAAGAGCCAAAGCAGCGUAUGCUAGGAAUUGCUAAUGAGCUACUAGAUACGUUUCAAAGCACGUGCCUUCAGAAAUGCUCAGCACCUCAAUAUGGAGAGAAAGAAGAAGGUAGUGAACCAUUACUAGUAGGAGAUGAAAGUGAAGAGAGAGCAAGAGAAAGUGAAAGAGAAGUAGAGGGAGGAGAAGUUGAAGACGGUGAAGAUGAUGAUGAUACUACUCUUGAUGAUACUCAUAAAGAUCUACCAAACACAGUGAUGUCUAAAGUGUAUCGUGUACUUGAAUUCAAACUAAAUCUGCAGAGUUUCAUAGUUGAAUUAGAAAGCAGAAUAAAUGAUUAUCUAGAGACAGUUCGUUUUGUGUGUGUACCGGCAGCAAUUCCACUGGAAGAAUUUGGAGAAAAUAAGAAACAAUUGUAUCAAUACGCCCUCAACUUUUUUAACACGAAAAUGCUUCACAGACAACAAAAUGAAGCACAUGUUUACAAAGCACCAAGACCAGAUGAGAUUCAAGACAUUUUAACACAUCAUGAAGUGACUCUGAAUCAACUUAGAGAGAAAGCUGAAAUCAAAAUUAUUGCAUACAAUAGGAAACUGAAGCUAGGCUGGCUAGGAAGAAUGGUGGUUUGGAUUAAAGCAAAAUUUGGUCAAGAAGAUGCAAAAGAAACCCACACAAUGAGGAGGGGAGAUGUAGUCUCAGCUAUACAGUAUCUGCGAAAUAAAAAAUGCAUUGACGAGUGCAUUAGAUACUUGGAAGUUACUUUAAAGAAAGAAAUAGUGGAGUGCUAUUACAAUACAUACUCACAGCAUGUGAAGGCAGUGCUACAAGAAUAUGAAGAGAAUUGUCUGACGCUAAUGGCUGAACUGAGCUCCAAGAAAGAGACAGAAAUUCAGGAAGUGUUGAGAAAGUUGCAGCAGACGUGCAAAGAACUCAAUUAUUUAAUUAAUUGUAAUUACACCAUGCAACAGCUGAAAAAUGAAGUCAACCUUGAGCUAGUCAAAGCUUUUGGGAAAGAAGAGGAAACCGAAUUGGACGCCUCAGAUUUAAAUUUAAGCCAAUACUCUGUUUAAAUAUCAAAAUUUUUUGUAGUUUUUGUGUGAAGUUUUUAAAUAUAAUUUGCCUCUCAAA